UGAUAUUCAGAGAAAAGAAGAACCAUGGAAGAUAUUCCAAAGGUAUUUGAUAAAUGGAUUGUAUUAUCCGGGCUAAAAUGGCAGGAGAACCAGUUAAUGUGAAUGAAUUUCAAGAGCUUGCUAGGCAAGUCCUUCUGAAGAUGUACUAUGACUACUAUACUGGAGGAGCUGAGGACCAGCAAACCCUAAAAGAAAAUGUAGAAGCAUUUCGUAGAAUCACUAUUCGACCUAGAAUACUUGUUGAUGUGAGCAGGAUAGACAUGUCAACGGCUAUACUCGGUUACAAGACAUCCGCUCCUAUUAUGAUUGCCCCAACUGCCAUGCAUAAAUUGGCACAUCCUGAAGGAGAAGUUGCAACAGCUAGAGCCGCCGCAGCAUCUGAUGUUAUUAUGGGACUGUCAUAUAUGUCAACCUGCACAGUGGAGGAGGUUGCAUCUAGCUGCGAUGCUGUUCGCUUCUUCCAAAUAUAUGUUUACAAAAGGAGGGAUAUAACAGCACUUAUGGUACAAAGAGCUGAGAGGAAUGGGUUUAAGGCUAUUAUUCUUACUGCGGAUACCCCUAGGCUUGGUAGAAGGGAGGCAGAUAUAAAGAAUAAGAUGGUUGCACCUCAGUUGAAGAACUUCGAAGGUCUUAUAUCUACUGAAUAUGUUAAUGACAACGGCUCAAAUAUUGAAGCCUUAGCUGCUGGAACUUUUGAUGCUUCGUUGUGUUGGAAGGAUAUAGCGUGGUUGAAAUCAAUUACCAAGUUGCCAAUUCUGAUUAAGGGCGUUCUGACUUCUGAAGAUGCAAUAAAAGCAGUUGAAGUAGGAGUUGCAGGAAUUAUUGUCUCUAACCAUGGAGCUCGGCAACUAGAUUAUACCCCAGCUACUAUUUCUGUUCUUGAAGAGGUGGUCCAUGUUGUUCAAGAUAAAGUUCCAGUUUUCUUUGAUGGAGGAGUGAGGCGAGGAACAGACAUAUUCAAGGCCUUAGCACUAGGCGCAAAAGCUGUUCUGAUUGGUCGAGCGGUUGUGAAUGGCCUGGCUGCAAAGGGGGAGCAUGGGGUAAAGCAAGUUGUUGAAAUGCUCAAGAAUGAACUUGAGUUGACAAUGGCCCUUUCUGGCUGCUGUACUAUCAACGACAUUACCACAAGCCACGUGAAAACAGAUAAAGAAAUAUACUGUAGGAUGUAGUUUCUAUCCUCGCAACAUAGGGGUAAGGUCUGCGUACACACUACCUCCCCAAACCCCACGGCGUGGGAUAAUACUGGGUAUGUAGUUGUACUGUAGGAUGUAGUUUCGUUGUGGAAGCAGCCAAGUAUAUCCCUUAAAUACAGAGCAUAGCUCCAACUCUACAAUUGUUUCACAUUAUGUGAAAUUUUAAUGAAGCUGGUGGAUGAUUUCUGCUUUCCCUUAAA